AUGGAAAAGGCGUCGGAGCCGUCGCAAAGCCAACCCGCUCCUGAGGAGCCGGUCAAAUCGAUUGAGGAUGAUAGCAAGGGCGAUAGUUCUGCAACGAGCAGCGUCACUGACGAGCAAUGGAGGUCGAUGAUGGACGUUGUUCUGGCUAUCUAUGAAUUCAGAGAAGAGGAUGGCCAUGACCCAUCGAGGCUGUUUCAGCGCAGUGUGAAUAAGCGCAAUGUUCCUGAUUAUUAUGAGAUCAUCAAAGAGCCCAUGGCCCUAAGUAUCUUGAAACAGAAGAUAAACAAGCGAGAAUACAAGAACUUCGCUGAGUUCGUGCGAGACUGCGCCCUGAUCCCUCACAAUGCGCAGACGUAUAAUCGGCCAAAUUCACAGGCGUAUGAGGAUGCGCUUGUCAUAAAGGACGUUUUCAUAGCAGAAUUUGAAAAACUGGUUAAACAAAGGAUCAUCACCGCUGAAGAAGCCGAGCUUCCCGAUUUGGGAGAGAUUCCGGAGGCGGAUCCUCUUCCGGAGGAGGAGGAUGAGGACGAUGAGGACGAUGAUGAGGAGGAGGACGAGGAUGAUUCCGAUGAUGAUGGUCGUCGCAAGAAGAAGCGCGGUCCCCGCCCUGGCUGGAAACGGGACGCAGGUAAGGACGACGGACAUAAAUCAGCCGACCCAGAGCUCAGAAAGAAGCGGGGCCGGCCCCCGCGUGUCGAUACCCCUAUGGAGGCCAGGAUCAAGGCAGUUUUGAAAGGGAUCCGGAAGCUCAAAGGGCCUCUUGGCAUGCUCAAAGUGCGACACUUUGAACGCUUACCAGACAAAGCUACAUAUCCGGACUAUUACGUUGAAAUCAAGGAGCCGAUUGCGAUUGACAUUAUCAAGCGGAAGUCCAAGCGCAAGAAGUACAACUCGGUUGACCACUUCAUGCGCGAUAUGGAUCUGAUGUUCAACAAUGCCAAAGCCUACAACCAGCCGGACAGUCAGAUAUACAAGGACGCUGUUGAUUUGCAAGUUGAGGCGAGGAGGCUUGCUGAGAUUGAGAAGAGGAAACCUGACAGCGAAUAUCUGAUGGAGGAUGGUCGUCUCCCAUUGCCUGAUGGCAUUCUGUACAAAGGUGAGCUGUGGAAAGUGGGUGACUGGGUUCAUAUACAGAAUCCGAACGAUGUGACCAAGCCGAUCGUCGCACAGAUCUACCGCACAUGGCAGGAUUCUGAAGGCGAAAAGUGGGUCAAUGCUUGCUGGUACUACCGUCCUGAGCAGACAGUCCAUCAUUUUGAGAAACAUUUCUAUCCCAACGAGGUGGUCAAGACUGGCCAGUACCGUGAUCAUCGGAUCGAAGAGGUUGUCGACCGCUGCUUCGUCAUGUUCUUUACUCGGUACAACCGCGGGCGCCCUAGAGGCCUUCCUCCUGACAAGGAAGUAUACGUCUGUGAGGCACGCUACAACGAGGAGAAGCACAAGCUCAACAAGAUUAAAACAUGGGCGAGUUGCCUUCCUGAUGAAGUGCGAGAAAAAGAUUACGAGAUGGACCUCUUUGAUGUCCCUCGGAGGAUCAAGAAGAUACCGAGUCCGAUCAAGCACUUGCUGAAGAGUGAUGCGAAGGAAACUGACGAUCUGCCCAAACCAACCUGGGGCGCCGAUAAUGCGCCACCCAUUGUUGGAGCGGUACAUCGACGUCCACGCGACGAAAAUGAAUCUCCGCCACCUGAGCCGACUCCUUCUCCGCCGCCAUCAUUACCCCAGCCCGUACUGUCAACUGUUCCGCCUCGUCUGCCAUCGAUUACCCAACCAUCUACGCGACCAAACGUCGGUAGUCCCAGCACGGCUCCCGCAGUUGGGGCCGUCCCCGUCCCUGCGCGCUCUCCAGCUGCCCCAAUUCCUCCUACCCAGGGCUCUCCUGUUCCUGUGCCUCCAGUUGCCUACCAACAGCCUCAAGUACCGCCAGUCCAGGUUUAUCAAGCGGCUCUGCAGAGGCGCCCUAGCGCGUUUGUACCGCAAACUCCUCACUCCCCUGCUUAUCAACCGGCGCCGGUACCGCACCCGUAUGCGGCGGCCCAGCCAUCUCCAUAUACGCCAUAUCAGGCAGGUCGUGUGCACGUACCGCAAGCGUCGGUGUACAAUCCUAACGCGCCUCGUCCAAUUGAGGUCUUCCGCCUCAGUGAGGCGGCAAAUGCAGCAAUCCCGGAGGAUAUUCGUGAACAGUUUCAUUGUGACGACUCCGGCCAUGUGCUAUUCUUCUCUGCUCCGCCACUCGAUAUCGCUCCAUCAAUUCAACAAAAACUUGGCCAUUCCCUAAAAUAUUUGGCUGCUAAGGAGGAACGUCGGAAACUUGUUGAGCAGCGGAAGCGGAAAGAAGAUCUCGAGAGAGUCGACAGAGAGGAGCGAGUCAAACGCCUACGUGCCGAUGAAGAGACAGAUCUCGCAGUCCGUGUGGAGGCGUUGACCGCCAAAGCCGUUGAUAUCAUGACGAGCCAUGUCAUGGUUGGCACGGAAAAGAUCUACGAACAUCUAUACUCGAACCGAGCAGAGACAGCCAAGCAAGCAGAUGCCGAGGCUCGCGCACGCAGGAUCAUCGCUGAUCGCAUCACUCAAGAGAAGACGGCGCAGAUCAAGGCUUAUUCCAGCAAAGCGACCGCUGUCAGCCUUAAAGGUAGUGCUAUGUAUAUGGACGAUAUUGACCCAAGGAUUUAG